CCCGGAACAGCUUCCGCUACAACGGCCUCAUCCACCGGAAGACAGUCGGCGUGGAGCCGGCGCCUGACGGGAAGGGCAUCGUGGUGGUGCUCAAGAAGCGCGCCGAAACGGGUGUAGAUGCCCCCGAAACGGGUGUAGAUACCCCCGAAAUGGGUGUGAUUACCCCCGAAAUGGGUGUAAAUGCCCCUGAAACGGGUGUAAAUGCCCCAAACGAGUCUGACUACCCCUGA